AUGGCAAAGCCAUUGCAGGUCAUUGUUGUCGGAGGCUCGUUGGGAGGACUCUUUGCCGCCAUCGUACUUAAGCGUCUCGGUCACGUUGUGCGCAUAUUCGAGCGCAACCCUAGCCCACUAUUACAAAAUCAGGGCGCAGGGGUAGUCGCAGGAGGUGAUACACAGGCCUUCUUCAACAAGUAUGACGCUACAAGGCGGCCGAUUGCCGUUACAAGCAAACUACGACAGUACCUGGAUCAGCAGGGAAACCAAAUCCAUGAAGAGGACACCGUUCAGAAGAUGACUAGUUGGGACCUGCUUUAUUAUCUACUGAGAGCGAACUUCGAUGGUGUCGAGAGUGGCUAUUGCAAGGUUCCUGAGCCAUUUGAAACCGAUGGUCAAUGCGCGUACGAGUACGACCAUAUGGUGAAGAAUGUCAAAGAUGUUGGUGAGCAGGUUGAAUUGGAAUACGAAGACAAAAGGGGCCAGGUCGAUAAGACCACGGCAGACUUGAUCAUCGGCGCGGAUGGACCCAGCUCGACUUUACGCAAGAUCCUACUACCAGAUGUGAAAAGGGAUUAUGCAGGCUACGUAGCGUGGCGAGGAACAGUACCCGAACAAAAGGCAUCGCCUUCGGCCAAAGGGACGUUUGUCGAUAAAUUUACUUUCUACCAUUCCCGAGGCACGCAGAUAUUAGCCUAUGUUAUACCAGGAGAGAAUGGAACCCUUGAACCAGGCGAGCGACUGAUCAACUGGGUCUGGUAUUGCAACUAUCCGGAAGACUCGACAGAAUACAAGGAAGUCAUGACGGACUCUGAUGGGAAGACUCAUCACGUCACAGUACCAAUCGGGAAAAUGAGGAAUGAGGUACUAGAGCAGCAAAGGCAGUGUGCCAAAAAAGUGCUACCACCCCAAUUUGCAGAGAUCGUCUGCGACACGAAGCAGCCGUUUAUCCAAGCUAUCACAGAUGUGAUUUCACCGAGGAACUCCUUCUUUGACGGGAAGCUUUUGCUGAUCGGAGAUGCCGUUGCAGGCUUCCGACCGCAUACAGCUGCCAGCACGAGCCAAGCUGCAUUCGAUGCGCAGAAGAUGCAUGAGCUGAUGAAUGGUGAAAUCGGACUGGACCAUGUGCAGGUGGGAGGUGGAGACGAUGAAUUUCGCGAAACAUAUGCAAGGGCGAGGGGUGGAGAUGGGUCAGAGGAGUCAAUUUGGGCAUCACCCUCUAGCUCAGACGUUGGAAGGUAUGGCAAGAUCAUGAUGGACUUCAUGCUGCUUGUGAUGUACUUACGAGUGGAGAGGAAUUGGUGGGAGAGGUUGUUCGAAAUCUCAAUUGUAGGCUAG